ACCUCCUCAACUCAGAGUCCAGCCGGUCAGUGAGCAGCGGGAUCCCGCCUCCAACCUGCAUCUGUGGAGAUUUGCUUUCUGCCGAGGAGAGAUGACUCUAUACUGGAGACGUUUGCAAAGAGCCUUUCCCAGGAUCCCCAAGACAUGCCCUGCCUUGAGCCUAGGUGCUUCCCGGACAUCUGUAGCCAAGCUCAGUCUUCAUACAAAACCCAAAAUGCCUCCAUGUGACUUCUCACCUGAAAGAUAUCAGUCCCUUGCCUACAACCAUGUCCUGGAUAUCCACAAGCAACAUCUUUCUCCCGUGAAGACAGCAUAUUUCCAGAGGCCCUUACUGCUCCACCAGGGGCACAUGGAGUGGCUAUUUGAUUCUGAGGGAAAUAGAUACCUCGAUUUCUUUUCUGGGAUUGUCACUGUCAGCGUUGGUCACUGCCAUCCGAAGGUAAAUGCAGUGGCACAAACGCAGCUAAGCCGCCUGUGGCACACAAGUAGUGUCUUCUUCCACCCUCCAAUGCAUGAAUAUGCAGAGAAGCUCUCAGCUCUUCUGCCUGAGCCUCUUAAGGUCAUCUUCAUAGUGAAUAGCGGCUCCGAAGCCAAUGACCUGGCCAUGCUGAUGGCCAGAGCACAUACGAAAAACACAGACCUCAUAUCUUUCAGAGGAGCCUACCAUGGAUGCAGCCCUUAUACAUUGGGCUUGACCAAUGUAGGGAACUACAAGACUAAACUGCCCAGUGCAAUGGGUUGCCAACCAACAAUGUGCCCAGAUAUUUUCCGUGGCCCUUGGGGAGGAAGCCACUGCCGAGAUUCGCCAGUGCAGUCGAUUAGGAAAUGCAGCUGUGCACCAGACUGCUGCCAUGCUAAAGACCAGUAUAUUGAGCAGUUCAAAGAUACUCUGAACACUUCUGUAGCCAAGUCCAUUGCUGGCUUUUUUGCUGAACCGAUUCAAGGUGUGAAUGGAGUUGUCCAGUACCCAAAGGGGUUUCUAAAGGAAGCCUUCCAGCUGGUGCGAAAGCAAGGAGGCGUGUGCAUUGCUGAUGAAGUGCAGACAGGAUUUGGAAGAUUGGGCUCUCACUUCUGGGGCUUCCAAACCCAUGACGUUCUGCCUGACAUCGUCACCAUGGCUAAAGGGAUUGGGAAUGGCUUUCCCAUGGCAGCGGUUGUGACCACUCCAGAGAUUGCCAAGUCAUUGGCUCAAAGCCUGCUUCACUUCAACACCUUUGGAGGGGGGCCCCUGGCCUGCGCCAUUGGAUCUGCCGUGCUUGAGGUGAUUAAAGAAGAAAAGCUACAGGAAAAUAGUCAAGAAGUUGGCACCUACAUGUUACUGAAGUUUGCUCAGUUGCGGGAUGAGUUUGACAUUGUUGGUGACGUCCGAGGCAAAGGCCUCAUGAUAGGGAUAGAAAUGGUGCAGGACAAGAUGAGCCGCCAGCCUCUUCCUAUUGAAGAAAUAAAUCAAAUCCAUGAGGACUGCAAAAACAUGGGGCUCCUCGUUGGCAGAGGCGGCAUUUUUUCACAGACCUUUCGCAUUGCGCCCCCAAUGUGCGUCACUAAGCCAGAAGCUGAUUUUGCGGUGGAAGUAUUUCACUGUGCCUUAAGCCAGCACAUGGAGAGAAGAGCUAAAUCACAUCGUUAGAAGUCAAAAAACCACAAGCCUCAAGAACAUCCCACUUUUCAAGGGUGUAUUUGAGGAAUUUCAGAACCACGCCUAUUUGGAGAAAACCUGCAGUUCUUCAUAGUAGGUGUGAAAAGACAUGGUUGAGUGACACUAGCCUUGUUGGUAGAGCCCCUGUUAUCUUCAGAAUUCUAUCCUUCAGGGAAAGGAAUCUAUCCCUAGCUCAGAGAAGAAAUCCGUUACUCAGGAUCUGACAGUCCCCCAUUGCAGUAAUGGGUUUUGCAUGAACAUAUGGUGUAGUUUUGGUCAGUGAGUCCUGCAGGGAAGUCUCUCGGUAGAGGUGCCUUCCAGGAAAGCUUUCAUAACUCCUCAGUCCUCAGUUGUUGGGAACUAUACCAGCUGACUUGGGGCUAUGGGGAUAAAACCCAUUUGCUAAAGUUGGAAGGUGGAAAGAUGUCCAUGAAGCAUUGACUUAACCCAUCCUGGAGCUACCCUCCCUCAGGGCUUCAAGACACAUGAGACAAUAAGUUCCCUGUAUUACAUAAGCUUUUCUCAUAUCUGCUUUCCAUUACUAUACCCUAAAGCAUCCUGAGAAAUUGUGCAGAAAAUUCCCCAAAUAACUGCCUCCCUUAAUUUCCUUAAAACAUUAA